AUGAAUCGAGGUGGUUAUGGUGGUGGUGGAAGUUCUCCUGGUUACGCAUCAGGAUCAGGAGGUGGCCAAACCGCUGUCAAAUUUGAGAAAAACGACCUUUUUCAUCGUGUAAUUGUUAGCGGUGGUGGAGGCGGUUCUGACAACGGUGGUGGCACACUUCAACAGUCUGAUGACGGCUCCGGAGGUGCAGGAGGUCUCGAAGCGCAAAGAUUUAAUAUAGACUGUAUGUAUAUUGAAAAUUUAUCCGCAAAUUCUACUUUUGGAUUCAGUUUUGGGCAAGGAGAAUCUUCUCGCACAGAUGGUUCGAAGAAUCCAUAUGGAAUCAAAACACCACAUGGAUUCACAGACAGAGGAAGUGCAGGUGGUGGGUGGUAUGGUGGUUUUUGCAGUCAUCACAAUAAUGGUGGUGCUGGUGGAGUUUCUUCUUGGGUUCUGUCAGACAAUGCAAUUCUUCCGAAAGGAGAAUUGACUUUUUAUGACGAAAACUAUGAAGAAAUUGGUCAAGAUCGUUAUGCAUAUGAUACUUCUGUAUCGUUCAAGUUUUUCGAUGUUCAGCAUGAGUCAGGUGUAUGGGAAGGACACGGAAAACUAAUUAUAACAUACUAUCCUCUAACUAGUCAUUGUUUACAUUAUAUCCAUUUUAAUUGUAAUGCUAUUAUGUAUGCUUGUAGUCUUUCUUAA